AUGACUUUGGCUGACGAUACUAACCAACGCAUUCCCUUUCCCUCCCCCAGUCUACACCGCGCCACGAAGGAGCAAGCAGCACCAAAGAGGAUGGACCCGUCGCAAUGCUUUGCAGUCAUUGUCAGUCAAGUCGAGAACCUCGCCAACGCUUCCCAGGCGAGGGCAGAGACACCUUUUAGCAUUGCAGCAACCGAAGCCUCUCUUUUGCAGUCUCACAAAACCGUCGAUCCCACAACUUGGUCAACUCGCCGCAAGUGGUUCUACACCACCCUCGCCGCUCUCACCAUGUUCAACGGCUCUUUUGCUUCCACCGCUCCCAACGGAGCAGGUCCGCGCUUGGUGCAGCAGUUUGCUCUCUCCAACGAAGAGAUGGUCUUCAUCGCAACCUCGUUCGUAGGAGGAUGUGUCGCUGGCCCCAUCCUCUGGGCUCCCCUCUCGGAAGUCUACGGCCGUCGGAUCGUCUUGCUGAUAUCGAUGCUCUGCUAUGCUCUCACUAACAUAGGUUGUGCACUAGCCCCCAUCAAAGCUGUCCUCUUUGGCUCUCGCUUCCUAGCAGGCGUCUUUGCUUCAUCCGCUUUCUCCAAUACUGCAGCUCUUGUCACUGACCUCUUUGCUCCGCCGGACCGCGCCAAGCCCAUGGUUGUAGUCUCACUGGCGCCCUUGCUAGGGCCCUGCUUUGGUCCGCUCUUUGGUGCAGGCGUCAGCAAAAACCUUGGUUGGCCCUAUGUGUUUUGGCUACUUGGUCUCUUUGGUCUGGUGCUAGAGUUGGUGCUCUUGUUGGUGCCAGAAACAUAUGCUCCUGUAAUUGCAAAGAAGGGCAAGCUAAAAGAGGACAUCCAUCCCAAAGUGUCUUGGAGUCGAAAAGCUCAAAGCUUGCUUGUCCUAAAUCUUGGACGACCGCUCAACAUGAUGCUGCGAGAGCCCAUCGUCAUGUGCGCCAACUUUUAUCUCUCGUUUUUCUUUGCCCUAAUGUACGUCUUUUUCGCCAGCUGGCCACUCAUCUUUGGACCACCGGGCAUCUAUCGCCUCGAUGCAGUGUACACCGGGAUCACCUUCCUGCCCAUGGCGCUGGGAGGCAUCCUGGCUGCGCUACUGCUACCUCUUUGCGAGCGGUACUAUGUCAGACGAUGCAAAGCCGCGGGCAUGCCUGUACCAGAGGCGAAGCUCCUUCCAAGCUUUUUUGCGCCGCCACUCGUCGCCGUUGGUCUUUUAUGGGCAGGCUGGCUAGGAAGGAGAAGUAUUCCAUACGAGGUCACGAUGCUAGCCGGCAUUCCAAUCGGUGCUGCCAUGGUGCUUGUCUUUCAGGGCUGGAUCGGAUACCUCGGCGAUUGCUACCGGCUGUACUCUUCCUCUGCAAUCGCAGCAACAGUCAUUGGAAGGUCGCUUUCCGGUGCAACGAUCCCACUUUCGACGCAUCGCUUGCACGAGAAGCUCGGCGGUAUCGCAUACCUGUACACGAUGCUUGCUGGUCUGGUGCUGUUGACGACACCAAUUCCCUAUCUCGUCGUUCGUUACGGAAACCAACUUCGCUCCCGAUCGAUGUACAAGCCGGGUCGAGCCUGA